UCCACGUGUCGAUAUCAUAUCCAUCCACGUCGGUGUUAACUAGUCCUUCCUUUUGCACACAUCCACCUCGACGAUUCCUCCAAAUUCACCUCCUUCGCUCUUCCUUCGUGCCUUUUCCCCUACAAAACGCGCAAAAAAAAACACCAAAAGCUCAGAACUUUCCCGCAAAACUCAUUGAAUCUCGCCACCCUGAAUUGAAACAGCGAAGAACCAUUUCUGCUAUGGCGAUGCUAUUAAAGAAAGUGUGGCAAUCGAUGUCGAAUAGGGCGACCUCUUUCUCGAGUUCGAGCAUUGACCCGGUGACGACUCCACCGAGUUACACAGAAUCAUCAUCAUCAUCUUUGGGAGCUUUUGAUAGGCUACCGAUUGAUGUGGUGUUGCAAAUAGUCAGAUUGGUGGGGCCAAAAGAUGCCGCAAGAUUGAGUGUAGUAUGCAAGUCAUGGAGACCACUUGUAUCUGAUAAUCGCCUGUGGAUUUACUUUCUUCUAAAUUAUCAUGAUACCUGGGAUUCUGUUUUUUUUGUUGAGACUCAUCUCCGAUCCGGGUAUCCUAUCCAGACAUUCUCUAGUCCCAUAACAGAGCUGUCAUUCAUGCGUAUAUAUGGGCAACGGUUGCAAGUCCCCGGUGCUGUUAUUGUUGAUGGUGGUUCAGGCCACUGCAAAUAUGGCUGGAGCAAAAAUGCUUGUCCGUCUGGACGGUCAGCUACUUUUUUGGAAUUUGGCAACAUUGAAUCUCCAAUGUACUCCAGGCUUCAACAUUUUUUUGCUACUAUUUAUAGCAGUCUUUACAGGAUGCAGGUGAAAGCAUCUGCACAUCCCAUUGUCGUCUCCCUUCCACUUUGCCAUUAUGAUGAUACUGAAUCUGCUAGAGCAUCAAGAAGGCAACUAAAAGACACUAUCUACACAGCUCUUUUUGACAUGAAAGUUCCAGCUGUUUGUGCCAUUAAUCAGGCAACUUUAGCACUGUAUGCAGCACAACGAACUUCAGGAAUCGUUGUUAAUAUUGGUUUUCAAGUCACAUCUGUUGUUCCAAUUUUACAUGGUAAAGUAAUGCGCACAGUGGGUGUGGAAGUCAUGGGUGUGGGAGCAUUAAAAGUAACAGGAUUCCUUAGAGAACAGAUGCAGCGGAAUAAUCUUAAUUUUGAAUCACUCCAUACAGUUCAAACAUUGAAAGAGAAUCUAUGUUAUGUAGCUGCUGAUUUUGAAGCUGAGCUGUAUAAAGAUACUCAAGCAUCAUUUGAAGUACCUGGAGAAGGAUGGUUCACUCUUUCAAAGGAGCGCUUUAAAACAGGGGAGGUCCUAUUCCAGCCAUGUAUUGCUGGAGUGCGUGCAAUGGGUUUGCAGCAGGCAGUAGCUCUUUGCAUGGACCACUGUCAUGCUGUGGAAUUAACUGAAGAUGAUGCUUGGUUCAAGACUAUAGUUUUGUCAGGAGGGACUGCAUGUCUCCCAGGACUUGCAGAAAGGCUAGAGAAGGAAUUGCAUGGACUUCUUCCCCCAUCCAUUUCUAAUGGAAUAAGAGUCAUUUCUCCUCCUUAUGGCGCAGACAGUGCGUGGAUUGGGGCAAAGCUUAUUGGCAAUUUGAGCACCUUUCCUGGGUCCUGGUGUGUGACGAAAAAACAAUUUAGACGGAAGUCCAGAUUUACACUUGCAUGGUAAAGCAGGCUUGUAUAGAUUCAGCAGCUUCCAGGGGCCUUGUUAUCAUCUAUAAUAAAGAAGCAGUGGGAAAGAAACCAAACUCUGCUCACAUGAUGAAGAUUGCCAAAAUUAUUUAUUUAUAUUUCAAUUUUACUUUUUCAUUUUUUUCUAAAGUUUGUCUUGAAUCUUCUUUCUGUGAGGAGGUUGCUUAAAAGAAUGUACUCGAAAAUCCACAUUGCUAGGGAAACCUUAGUUCCGUUUGCAAGGUCGGUUUAUUCUUGGAAUAUGAGCAUCCUCAAAUAAGAGUUUGUUGCUGUAUGUGUAUACAUAUCAAAACUGAGUAUGUAAACAAAGCUAAUGAAUAUUGUUUCCUGCUUGUGAUC